UGAGCUCCCAGUUCUUUAUGAGUCAAUUUUGGAGCAAGAAUCAAGCCCGAUUCCAUUCACUGAUGCCACAUAUUAAAGGGUGGGAUUCCAUGGUGAAAGAUUUGGGAAACUAGAUAGGAAGGAAUAUGUAUACUGAGAGGCCCGUGAUGUGUAACAGCUAGGUGAUGUAAUGGAGAAACUCAAUCAUAUUUAUGAGUCUAAUAUGGAUGGCAAUCACACACUGCAUAUUAUCCCAGAUUCUAGGCAAGUGAAGGAAGAUGAGCUGCAGCCUGGAAUCUGCUACCUGCAGAUGACCACUGUCAAUCCAGUCAUGGAAGAUGAAGAUUUAGGAAGCAAAUGAGAAAGAAUCUUUUCUCUUUCCACAGGAACUGUCCGUGCACGUGCACACAUAUUUGACCACUUCUUGUUUGACACUCCAAUUACAAAAAAUGGUAAAACCCAAGGCAGAUUGGAAGAUCAGUGGAAGAGGAGGUCUGGUCUGUUCUUCAGACUGAAGGCUCAUUCCCUGCUCUGGUGAACAGGCUUUUGGUAAUAAAAUCUGAAUCUCUUGAGUUCUCACCUGUCGAGAAUGCAAUUGGAAUGAUUGAAACUCGCACAGCUGCCUUACAAAAUGAGCUCGAGGAGCCCCGCAGCUCUGAAGGUGAUCAACUUCCACGUCUCCAAAGUUUGCAGAGAAUUCUCCAAGGCAAUGUUGCAGUUCAAGUAAACAGUGGAGUUUUGAGUGUCUGCACGGCAUUCCUGUCAGGUGAACCUGCUGCAAGGUUGUCUUUGCAAGAACUGCAGCAACUCAUCGCUGCACUACUUGAAUUUAUGGCCGUUUGCAAGCGUGCUAUUCGGGUACACUUUAGAUUGAUUGGAGAGGAAGGCCAAGAUUUCGUGCUAUUCGGGUGCACUACUGCUUUUGAAUGGAUUUCAGUCCCUCACUGCAGUGUUAUCUCAUUACAUCCCCGCCAUUCUUGCUGAACUCUGAUGCUGUUGCUGUAGCAUGAUCUGUUUCAUUGCUUGCAAGGCAUCCUGUUCAUAUAUCAUUAGUGAUAUUUUGUGCAAAUAGUUCAUGGCUCGAACAUAUAAACAAUGUGUUCAGUUAACCAAAACACUCUCUUUUGUACUUGGUCUACUUGCUAAUUCAAAAGGUGCCUAGCACAUGCUAAUUGCUAUAGCAUGAGUGACAGCUUGCUGUUCUGGUCUGUCAA